AUGGACGACAGGUGGGAGAGUGAAGUGAUUGAAUACGGAGCCAUCAACAUUACAGGAUUCAGGAUUGUGGACUCAUCAAGACGAUAUGUAAAGGAUUUCCUGGAAGGAUGGAGGAAACUUGACCCGACCAUCUCUCAAGGAGCAGGUCGGGAGUCGAUUUCGGCCCAAGCAGCACUCAUGUACGAUGCAGUGUUUGUGUUAGUCGAGGCCUUCAACAAGAUUCUGAAAAAGAAGCCGGACACAUUUCGAACAAAUUUCCGGCGAGGUCAGAUAUUCAACAACGGAAGCCGAGGUAUCGACUGUAACACAAGCCAAGGCUGGGUCACACCGUGGGAACACGGCGAUAAGAUCUCUCGCCAUCUUAGAAAGGUGGAGCUGGAAGGACUGACAGGAGAGAUACGUUUCAAUGAUGACGGCAGACGGCAGAACUACACGCUACAUGUCGUGGAAAUGACAUUCAACAGUGCCAUGGUCAAAGUAGCCGAGUGGACUGACGAGUUCGGUUUCAGUCCAGUGGCAGCCAAGUACGUGAGACUCAAGCCAGGAUCUGAGAUAGAGAAAAAUCGGACUUACAUUGUGACAACCAUAGUGGAGGAGCCGUACAUCAUGUUGCGAAAACCGGAACCCGGAGAGAACCUCACCGGAAACGACCGAUUUGAAGGUUACUGCAAGGAUCUGGCUGACCUCAUUGCAAAGACACUGGGCAUAAAUUACGAACUCAGCAUCGUGAAGGAUGGCAACUACGGGGCCGAGAAUCCGGACGUUAAGGGUGGCUGGGAUGGCAUGGUCGGAGAACUCGUGAGAAAGGAGGCCGACAUCGCCAUUGCGUCUAUGACAAUUACGUCUGAACGGGAGCGAGUGAUCGACUUCAGCAAGCCGUUCAUGUCACUAGGCAUCAGCAUCAUGAUCAAGAAGCCCGUGAAGCAGAAGCCAGGCGUGUUCAGUUUCCUGAACCCUCUGUCCAAAGAAAUCUGGGUGUGCGUCAUUUUCUCGUACGUGGGCGUCAGCAUUGUGCUCUUCAUCGUGUCCAGGUUUUCGCCUUACGAGUGGCAUCUGCUGCACUACGGAGAGGACCCAGGCCAUCACCACUCGGGGGUUGGUGCGACAUCCUCAGCGCCGAGCACUGUAGCUAAUGACUUCAGCAUACUCAACAGUCUCUGGUUCGCACUAGGGGCUUUCAUGCAACAGGGUUGCGACAUAUCCCCCAGGUCCAUAUCGGGACGGAUCGUGGGCAGUGUGUGGUGGUUCUUCACGUUGAUCCUCAUCUCCUCAUACACAGCCAACCUGGCGGCGUUCCUCACUGUAGAGCGUAUGGUGGCGCCCAUCAACUCUCCAGAGGACCUGGCGUCACAAACCGAAGUCCAGUAUGGGACGUUAUUCCACGGCUCAACUUGGGACUUUUUCAGGAAAUCUCAGAUCACCCUGUAUAGCAAAAUGUGGGAGUUCAUGAGUUCGAGGAAGCACGUGUUUGUGCGGACUUAUGAUGAGGGCAUCAAAAGGGUACGCACGUCCAAAGGGAAGUACGCCCUCCUCAUCGAGUCGCCCAAAAACGACUAUAUUAACGAGAGGGAACCGUGCGACACUAUGAAGGUCGGACGGAACCUUGACGCCAAAGGAUUCGGAGUCGCGACGCCUCUUGGCUCUCCACUGAGAGACAGAAUCAACCUGGCCGUGCUCUCCCUCAUAGAGAACGGAGAGCUGACGAAGUUGAAGAACCGCUGGUGGUACGACCGAACUGAGUGCAAGCAUAGCGACAAACAGGAUGCAUCCCGUAACGAACUGUCGCUAAGCAACGUGGCUGGCAUCUUCUACAUUCUCAUAGGAGGCCUCAUUCUCGCCAUGGCCGUGGCGCUCCUGGAGUUCUGCUACAAGUCUCACACAGAGGCGUCGCGAGCAAAGAUUCCACUGUCCGAUGCAAUGAAGGCCAAAGCUAGACUCACCAUCGGUGGUGGCAGAGACUUCGACAAUGGCCGGUUGUACGGGCAGGAGUCAUAGAAGGAAAAUGGCGGGAGUGUCAGUCAUCUGUCUGGACUUUGGCAUCGCUAUUACACCCCGGCGAAUCAGAUCAACAGCGCAGAAGGAGACCAGGUUCACAGCAACACGCAUACCCAGGUCUGAUGGCGGUAA